AUGGGCAGCUUUACGAAGGGCUCCAUAGAGCUGAGAUACGCCCAAGUGUCUAGCUCAGCCCUAGAUGUGUAUAAGGAGUCUGGAGUGCUCAGGUGGCAGAUUAAUCUCGGUGAUAAAAGUCUUAGCCAGAUCAUCUCGACAGUGCUCUCUCACCCAAUCUUUAAUGGCACUUUUCUGUUCCUUGCUACUUUUGCCAUGAAUCUUCGACAAGCCUUCAACGAGGAUACUGAACAAGCCCUAGGACCAACUCUCUUCUCUUUCAACUCUUUGACGACCUUGUGCGAAGAUGAAACCAUAAAGAAACAUGGCAGCGAUGCCAAAGCCACGCCCUCAACAUCGGAAUCUAGACUACACGAAAGCAGUGACGGAAGCAUCUCUACAUACUCACCUGUGACUUGGGAUGGGCCGGAAGACUCAGCAAAUCCCAAGAACUGGAACCGAAGACAGAAAUGGACAAUGGGCAGUGGCGUACUAGCUGACUGCUGGAAGCCAGAGGAGAGAGGGAAGGGAAUUGCAUUCAUGCAAUUCGCCCCCGUGUUAGGACUCGCAGUCGGCCCUAUUGCGGGUGGGUAUAUCUCUCAAUACGCUACCUGGCGAUGGACCUUUUGGUCCGUGGUAAUCUUGAACUUCACGGUGCAAGUCAUCGCCUUUAUCUUUCUUAGAGAGACAUACGCCCCACGACUCUUGCACCUGAAGGCCAAGCGACUGCGUAAGCUCUACAACGAUAUGUCUAUUAAAACGGAGUGGGAAAAGCAGGAGCGCACACUCGCUGUCAUCCUCAGGACCAGCCUAUCUCGCCCAUGGAUCAUGCUCGCUACUCAGCCCAUUAUACAAAGCCUCGCGCUCUAUCAGGCGUUCAAUUUUGGACUACUAUAUCUCAUCAUAUCUAGCUUUCCGAAACUGUGGGAGCAUUACUAUGGCAUGCACAAAGGGCAAGCGAGCCUGAACUACAUCUCUAUUGCCGUCGGAGCAUUGAUCGGUGUUUUGAUCUCCGCCCCAACAAUGGACAUGAUUUAUCAAAGACUCAAACGACGUCGAGGUAUUGAGAAGGAUGGGAAGGGAGUCCCGGAGUUUCGCAUUCCAUUAAUGGUCCCCGCUUCUCUUCUUACGCCCUGUGGGAUAAUGCUUUUCGCCUGGACUGCGCAAAACAAGAUGCACUUCAUGCUUCCCAACGUGGGCAUAGCCAUCACUAUCGGCAGCAGCAUGGUAUCAUACCAAUGCAUAUCGGCUUACAUCGCCGAUUGCUAUGCUCUUCACACUGCUUCGGCCUCGGCGGCUUGUUGCUUCAUGAGAUCCAUGUUUGCAUUCGCAUUCCCACUGUUCGUCCCGGCGUUGUUCAGGAAUCUUGGCUAUGGCCUAGGUGGGAGUUUGCUAGCCAUCAUUGCAGUGGUGAUUGGUGUGCCAGCGCCUUUGUUGCUCUGGAGAUAUGGAGCAAAGCUACGGACUCUCAGUAAAUUUGGUGUUGCUGAAUAG